AUGCGCAAAGCAUUCGUGUCCUUUCCUCAUCGCUCGACGCAGCUGGUGUUGAGUGCGAUAGAGCGCGGCUGUUCGACCACAUGUUAUCAGCCGCAUAAAACUUCGAAGAAGUUGUGCAAAUAUCUGCUGUUUUAACCCAGUUUCAUGGAAGAUUCUGGUGAGCCCAUGACCGGGAUGUUGGACACGAACGCCCCUGACAACGGGGAUGCUCCUCCGAUGGAGGGUACAGGGGCCGAUUAUGGCACAGACCCGACCGGAACCGACUGGACGACGACACCGGCUCCUCUCGCAAACCCGGAAAGCCACGAGUACGAGCAGAUCCAGCCGGCGUCUGCCGUGGAACAGUAUCCGCUGUUCUCGAUUGAGCAUUUGAAAUCUGCAGCAGAGAACAUUGACCAGAAAACCAGUCCUUCAGAGCCCGUUCCGGAAAACUCCGACCAGGUUGUCGGGCAGCAGACGGAAUCAAACGGAGAGCACGUGGACCAAAUUGCGGAGGAGGAUGCGGUGAAGCAGACGGGAGACUCGGAGAGCCCUUCCAAUAUGGAGCUGGAAGAUGCGCCCAAAGAAGAAGCAGCGGCAGAACCAGGAGCCGAACCAGGAGAAGACGCAACCACGGCACAAGAACCUGAACUUCCUACAGAAUACGAGCGUCUUUCUAAGGUCGUGGAAGAUAAUCCGGAAGACUUCAAUGGAUGGGUUUACCUUCUGCAGUAUGUUGAGCAAGAGAACCACCUGCUGGCUUCGAGGAAGGCGUUUGAUGCGUUCUUCCUGCACUAUCCUUACUGUUAUGGGUACUGGAAGAAGUAUGCUGAUAUUGAGAGGAAACAUGGAUACAUCCAGAUGGCUGAUGAGGUGUACCGCCGAGGUCUGCAGGCCAUUCCGCUCAGCGUCGACCUGUGGCUUCAUUAUAUCACUUUCCUGCGAGAGAACCAAGACACCAGCGACGGAGAGGCCGAAAAUCGCAUCAGAGCGUCCUAUGAGCAUGCGGUUCUGGCCUGUGGAACGGAUUUCCGCUCUGACCGUCUGUGGGAGGCUUACAUCGCCUGGGAGACGGAGCAGGACAAGCUGGCCAACGUCACGGCCAUCUACGACCGCAUCCUCUGCAUUCCCACACAGCUGUACUCGCAGCACUUCCAGAAGUUCAAAGAACACGUGCAGAGCAACAACCCCAAGCACUUCCUGUCUGAGGAGGAGUUCGUGCAGCUGCGGGUGGAACUGGCUAAUGCUAAUAAGCCCAACGGAGACGACGCCCCUGGUGAAGAGCUUCCGCCGGGCACGGAGGACCUGCCGGAUCCCGCCAAGAGAGUGACGGAGAUCGAGAACAUGAGGCACAAAGUGAUCGAGACUCGGCAGGAGGUGUUCAACCACAACGAGCAUGAAGUCAGCAAGCGCUGGGCCUUCGAGGAGGGGAUCAAGCGUCCGUACUUCCACGUCAAAGCCUUGGAGAAGACCCAACUCAACAACUGGAGAGAGUACCUGGACUUCGAGCUGGAGAACGGGACGCCGGAGCGCGUGGUGGUUCUGUUCGAGCGCUGCCUGAUCGCCUGCGCGCUCUACGAGGAGUUCUGGAUCAAGUACGCCAAGUAUCUGGAGAGCUACAGCACCGAAGGCGUCCGACACAUCUACAAGAAGGCCUGCACCAUCCACCUGCCCAAGAAACCCGCCGUUCACCUGCUCUGGGCGGCUUUUGAGGAGCAGCAAGGCAGUGUCGACGAGGCGCGGAGCAUCUUGAAAGCGUUCGAGGAGGCCGUCCCGGGACUAGCCAUGGUGAGGUUGAGACGGGUGAGUCUGGAGCGCCGACACGGAAACAUGGAUGAAGCGGAGACCUUGCUGCAGGACGCCAUCACCAACGGGAAGAACAGCAGCGAGUCGUCGUUCUACGCGGUGAAACUGGCCCGACAGCUGGUCAAAGUGCAGAAGAGCAUCGGAAAGGCCAAGAAAGUGCUGCUGGAGGCCGUGGAAAAAGAUGAGACGAACCCAAAGCUGUACCUGAACCUGCUGGAGCUGGAGUUCAGCGGAGACCUCCAGCAGAACGAGGCCGAAAUCAUCGCCUGCUUCGACCGAGCGCUGAACAGCCCGAUGCCGCUGGAGUCACGCGUCACUUUCUCCCAGCGCAAGGUCGAGUUCCUCGAGGACUUCGGCAGCGACAUCAAUGUGCUCGUGGCUGCGUAUGAACAGCAUCAGAGGCUUGAGACGGAGCAGGAAACGCUAAAGAGGAAAGCAGAGAACGGCUCAGAGGAGCCGGAUGCAAAGAGACAGAGGACAGACGACCAAUCAGCAGCCUCGGGUCAGAUGAUGCAGGACAUGCAGGCCAAUCAUGCAGGAUACAACUAUAACAACUGGUAUCAGCAAUAUAAUACGUGGGGAGGUCAGAAUUCCUGGGGUCAGUACGGUCAGUACAACCAGUACAACCAGUACUAUCCCCCGCCACCGACAUAACCGACCACAGCAGCGGUGUGAGCUCCGUUCAGGAGUCCUGCCAUCUUUUUACCUGCUCGUACAGCUUCAACAUUCAUACCGUCUCAAAUCAGACAUUGUGUGAUUUCUUUUGUUGGCACAUGUUGAAAAAGGAGCCUUUUUUCCCCUCUGUGUAAGUGCAAGUGAGUUUUUAAUGAAGCUUGAUUGGUUUAGUGCUUUUGGAGGUUUAGUUGUGUUCGGUGAAAGAUUUACAUUUGUAUGGAAGGAGUUUAGAAUGCAACACUUUAACAUCAUCUCUGCUCUCCUCAAUGUGAUCCUGUUUUCAGAGAUAAACGUGACAUGAAGACGUUUUUUAUUUUGACUUGGUUUCAUAAUAAAGAGAUUGACAUCCUA